CCCGGGUAUAAUGCUAGUAAUACUGCCAGUUUGAGAUUGAGCUUCUUCCAACGUCGCCACUGCUGUCGCUUUCGAUGAUAAAAAUUGCUUUUUGUCAACGGGAUAUUGCGAGCGACCACUCUCCAUUUUCAAUCGGGAGGAAGUUAUAAAUUAUAGCUUCAAUGGAAAAAGACAGCGUGAAAAAAGCUCCAAAUCAAUUUAAACUUCUUCCAAAAAUUAUAAAUGGCGGGAUCGCAGGUAUUAUCGGUGUCUCUGUGGUAUUCCCAUUGGACUUGGUUAAAACACGAUUACAGAAUCAAGUUGUCGGUCCUAAUGGCGAACGAAUGUACAAAUCUAUGUUUGACUGCUUUAAGAAGACUUACAGUGCUGAAGGUUACUUUGGCAUGUAUAAAGGAUCUGGCGUGAAUAUUCUCUUAAUCACACCAGAGAAAGCAAUCAAACUCACUGCCAAUGAUACCUUUCGACAUUACUUAUCUACCGGACCUGGACAGCAACUGCCAUUAGAACGUGAAAUGCUUGCUGGUGGUUCAGCUGGAGCAUGUCAAAUUAUUGUCACAACUCCGAUGGAACUACUAAAAAUUCAAAUGCAAGAUGCUGGACGAGUAGCAGCAGCAGCAAAAGAAGCAGGAAAAGUUGUGCCAAAGGUGUCGGCGUUAUCACUAACGAAAGACUUACUACGAAAAAGAGGCAUUUUGGGUCUUUACCAAGGUACUGGUGCAACAGCGCUUAGAGAUGUCACAUUUUCUGUUAUUUACUUUCCAUUAUUCGCUAGACUGAAUAGUAUUGGGCCUAAGAGAGAGGAUGGCUCUUCUGUAUUUUGGUGUUCGUUUUUGGCUGGUUGUACCGCUGGUUCUAUAGCUGCGUUAUCAGUGAAUCCGUUUGAUGUAGUCAAAACAAGAUUACAAGUAAUCAAAAAGGCACCCGGUGAACCAACAUAUAAUGGUGUACUGGACUGCAUAACUAAAACAUUGAAGAAUGAAGGUCCAACUGCGUUCUUCAAAGGUGGAGCGUGUAGAAUGAUCGUAAUAGCACCCCUUUUCGGGAUUGCACAAACCGUUUACUACCUCGGCGUCGCGGAAUGGCUGUUGGGUCUUAAUUAAACGUUGCCCUCUUCUUUCCUGUGCCGUCUCAAUACUCUGGGAUUACUGACAAUAACUGGCGCGUUAUAGAUGUAUUUUCGCUUAAUAUGGUUCGCUAAUUGCUAAGCAAGUGAGUUACUCUUUUUCUUAAUUAUCUGAGAACCUUGAUUAUCGGAUUAACGUGGGUAGCGUUAUACGUAAUAAAUUGUUUAAAAUAAAAUGUUACUGUAAAUAAAAUGGAUUUAAACUUCCUCUAAGACAUAAAUAUUACUAAAAUAUGAAAAAUUGCGUAGUUACACGAUUUUAAUUUUAGCACAUGUUUAACCAAAUUAAAUUAUGAGAUAUUUGAUUUUAAUAAAAAAAGAAAAAAUUUGGUACAAUCGAAUGAUCAAUUAUAUUAAUUUGUUUCUAUAUAUUUUUGUAAUUUUUAAGGAUAAUCAAGGUUCCGUUGAGCUACUAGAUCACCGUUUAUAAAUAAUAACGAUGAUUCUUAUUAGUAUUAUUAUUCAAUUGAGAAUGAAAUCCAUGAUUUGCGAACAAGUUCGCUUAUUUUCAUUAUUGACGAACUAGUCAUAAAUCGUAGAUUUUAUUACCCCUAUCUUACCUAUCUCUUUCUAUAUUACUUUUUCAACAACCAGUGUUUCCAAACAUCUUUAUUUUUAUCGUUUGUAACUUCCACGAUAAGUUACUAACAUUUUUGGAAAGUAAGAUAAAGAAUUAGUUUUAAAUAUUAUUUUUAUUCUAUAUACAAUUUGUGAAACACAAAUAAGUUGACGCAGAAAUUUAUAAUCAAAGUAUUACAUAUCUAAGCUCGUAUACAUCAUAUCAUUAAUGAAUAUUAAAUCAUCAUGAAAAAACUUGAUUACAUUAUUUACGUUGUAUUAUUUACGUUGUUAUAUUAUAAUGAUGGAAACACUGGUAUAGUAUAUCGUGAUAACAGGAGCUUACAUUUUGUAAGAAUUAUAUUUGUGAAUUCUAGUUAAUUCAAUUGUCAAAAGUUACUAUAGUUGUAAGAAUUAAAUGAUACAAAAUAACUCUUAAUUGGUAUGAUCAAGUAUAAAAUGUGCACAAAAAAUACAUAGUUCUUUUUUAAAUUGAAAUUUAAUAUAUUGUUUUACGAUUUGUUAACGAUUAAUUAUCUUUGACUUAUUAAAAAACCUUAAGUUGUUUUAAUAUAAAAAUAUUGUUUAUAAUAUUUCUAUUUUUUAAAAUUAUUUAUUUACAGACGUACUUAUAGAUUUGUAUCAAAUCUGUUUAAAAAAUUUACUAAAUAUCAUAGCAAUUAAGGGUUAAACUGUUCUUCCGUUCUUUCCUUAGAAAACUUUGUGGAGAGAUUCUAGAGAAAUUUCCCAAAUGGGAAUUUAUUGUCAAUUUUAGUAAGAGAAUUCUGAGAAUAUAAUAAAAAUAUUAAUGUUAUUGAUGUAUAAUUGUACAAAAGUAAAUCUGCCCUG